AUGUUCAUCAGCGAGAAGUCUACCAAAAAUUAUUAUGACGGAAACAAACCGGUGCUGAGUGUCGCCGAACCCGAACUCAUUAGAGAUAUAUUAGUGAAAGACUUCCAUAAGUUUGUCGAUAGGGUUAACCUAUCGUUAGGUCAUCCCAUAUUUGAGAGGUCUCUGCUGACCGCACGGGGAGAUGUCUGGAAACAGAUCCGAACCAUUGUGAGCCCAACCUUCUCGAGCGGCAAAAUGAGAAAAAUGCAAAUUUUAAUCAAAGAAUGUGUCGAAAGAUUGGAUAAAGUGUUGGAAGAGUUUGCAAACAGUGAUCGCAAUGAGAUUGACAUUAAGAAAGUCUUCUCCAAUUACACGAUGGAUGUGAUCGCGUUGUGUGCCUUUGCCAUCAAAUUACAGUCACACACCGGCGCCGAUGAGCACCAGUUCGUCACCAUUGCCUCACAAUUCUUCAGACCUUCCCUAAGGUUUGGCAUGUUUUUCAUACUCAACCUAUUGGUGCCAUCACUGGUCAAGAAAUACGACAUUUCCUUUGUUCCCAAACAUUUCAUCAAUUACUUCAAAUCAAUAUUACAAACGAUUAUCACUGAAAGGAAAUCUCAGAAAGUGUCUAAAAAUGUCGAUUUCAUGCAACUGUUACUCGACUCACACAACAAAACUGAUCUCAAAGACAUCGACGAAGACAUUAGGAUUGAAGUCCAAAGGAUUGGCGAAUCGAUGAAAAAGAAAGGCUUUCAGUUGCAAGAGAUGGACAUUUUGGCGACAGCUCUGCUCUUUAUUUUGGCCGGUUAUGAGACAACGGCAUCCACUCUCUCCUAUCUGUUCCACGAGUUGGCACUGAAUCCAGAAUCGCAACAGAAGUUAUUCGAUGAGAUCACUGGUUAUGGACCUAAUGUUGACUACGAGACCAUCGAGAAGAUGCCGUAUUUAGAGGCAUGUAUUUCAGAGACACUCCGACUCUACUCACCACUCGUUAUGUCACAACGAAUUGCGUCCGAAGACUACGAUUUGGGAGAUACAGGGCUAGUGAUACACAAGGGAAUGGCAGUUCACAUCCCGCUGUACGCCAUACACCACGACCCGCACUACUAUCCCAACCCCAAUGAGUUCAUUGCGGAGCGUUUUCUACCGGCGAAUAAGUCUCGACUCAUACCAUACACAUACCUACCCUUCGGAACGGGUCCUCGAAAUUGUGUGGGAAUGCGGUUCGCAAUGAUCAACAUGAAGACCGCUGUCCAUCAGAUUGUAUCCAAAUAUAAGUUCACACAAACGCCAAACACUAAGACCGAGUUUACGUACAAAAAGUUUGUUGUAUUCACUCAGGCUUUAGAUAUGGGAACCAUUAGAGUGGAAAUAAGUCCGACCUUCUCAAGUGGCAAAAUGCGAGCAAUGCAUCCCAUUAUCAUUGAUUGCGUGAAGAGAUUAGAGAAAUAUUUGGAGCAGAAGUCGAGGAAUGGAGAGGACGUCGAGAUGAAGAAAGCGAUGGGGAAUCUGACGAUGGAUGUGAUCGCUUCGUGUGCUUUCGGCACUAAAAUAGACACUCAUAACGACCCCAACAAUGAGUUUGUAGUGAAUGCACAGAAAGUAUUUCGAGGGAAUUGGAGGCUUUGGGUCUUCUUUCUGCUGUUCAACACUUUCCCUAAAAUCCUUGAGUGGACAGGAUUUGAGACAACCGACCCGAGUGUUAAGAAAUUCUUCUCUAUAGCCAUUAAGUCAAUCGUGGAAAGGCGUAAAUCGGAGAAAACCAAACAAAGAGAUUACAUAAACCUUAUGAUUAACGCACAAAACAAGAAACAAGACACCGAUGAAGCAGAUGUGGACGACUUGAAUGAAGAGAUUUUUGGAAAAGUCGAUUCGGCGGACACUUUGAAAUAUAAUAAACAGAAGACAGAGAUAACAGACACCGAUAUAUUGGCCACAAGUUUUGUGUUCUUUGUGGCCGGAUAUGAGACGACUGCCUCUCUCUUAACGUUUAUGUCCUACAGAUUAGCUUUGGAUCAAAAGUGUCAGCAAAAGCUAUACGAAGAAGUGAGUCGUUUCGCCGGGAAGUAUGAUUACGAGAGUAUCUCGAAAAUGCCAUAUUUGGAGGCAUGUGUUGCCGAAACCCUGAGAAUCUAUAAUCCCGUCGCAGCUAUCGGUAGAAUUGCUAACGAAGACUAUACUAUAGGCGAUACCGGACUAACAAUUCCGAAGGGGAUGAUGGUUAACUUUGAUAUGCAAACCCUACACCACAGCCCUAAGUAUUACCCAAACCCUGAUCGUUGGGAUCCGGAGAGGUUUAUGCCCGAGAAUAAGGACCAAUUGGUUCCAUACACUUAUAUGCCGUUCGGAAUGGGACCCCGAAAUUGUGUGGGAAUGAGGUUCGCCUUAAUGGAGGCCAAGACAGCGAUAGCCCAUUUGAUUAAUAAAUUCAAAUUCAGAUUAGAGAAAUAUUUGGAGCAGAAGUCGAAGAAUGGAGAGGACGUGGAGAUGAAGAAAGCGAUGGGGAAUCUGACGAUGGAUGUGAUCGCUUCGUGUGCUUUCGGCACUAAAAUAGACACUCAUAACGACCCCAACAAUGAGUUUGUAGUGAAUGCACAGAAAGUAUUUCGAGGGAAUUGGAGGAUUUGGGUCUUCUUUAUACUAAACAGUACUUUCCCUAAACUAAUCAAAUGGACCGGAUUUCAGAUCCAAGAUCCGAGUGCCAAGAAAUUCUUUUCCACAGCCAUUAAGUCAAUCGUGGAAAGGCGUAAAUCGGAGAAAACCAAACAAAGAGAUUACAUAAAUCUUAUGAUUAACGCACAAAACAAGAAACAAGACAUCGAUGAAGCAGAUGUCGAUGACUUGAAUGAAGAGAUCUUUGGAAAAGUCGAUUCGGCGGACGCUUUGAAAUAUAAUAAACAGAAGACAGAGAUAACAGAUGAAGACAUAUUGGCCACAAGUUUUCUAUUCUUUGUGGCCGGAUAUGAAACCACUGCUUCUCUUCUGACGUAUAUGUCCUACAGAUUAGCUUUGGAUCAAAAAUGUCAACAAAAACUAUACGAAGAAGUGAGUCGUUUCGACGGGAAGUAUGAUUACGAGAGUAUCUCCAAAAUGCCAUAUUUGGAGGCAUGUGUUGCCGAAACCCUGAGAAUCUAUAAUCCCGUCGCAGCUAUCGGUAGAAUUGCUAACGAAGACUAUACUAUAGGCGAUACCGGACUAACAAUUCCGAAGGGAAUGAUGGUUAACUUUGAUAUGCAAACCCUACACCACAGCCCUAAGUAUUACCCAAACCCUGAUCGUUGGGAUCCGGAGAGGUUUAUGCCGGAGAAUAGGGACCAAUUGGUUCCAUACACUUAUAUGCCGUUCGGAAUGGGACCCCGAAAUUGUGUGGGAAUGAGGUUCGCCUUAAUGGAGGCCAAGACAGCGNAUGCCGUUCGGAAUGGGACCCCGAAAUUGUGUGGGAAUGAGAUUAGUCCGACCUUCUCGAGUGGCAAAAUGCGAGCAAUGCAUCCCAUUAUCAUUGAUUGUGUGAAGAGAUUAGAGAAAUAUUUGGAGCAGAAGUCGAGGAAUGGAGAGAACGUCGAGAUGAAGAAAGCGAUGGGGAAUCUAACGAUGGAUGUGAUCGCUUCGUGUGCUUUCGGCACUAAAAUAGACACUCAUAACGACCCCAACAAUGAGUUUGUAGUGAAUGCACAGAAAGUAUUUCGAGGAAAUUGGAGGAUUUGGGUCUUCUUUCUGCUGUUCAACACUUUCCCUAAAAUCCUUGAGUGGACAGGAUUUGAGGCAACGGACCCGAGUGUUAAGAAAUUCUUCUCUACAGCCAUUAAGUCAAUUGUGGAAAGGCGUAAAUCGGAGAAAACCAAACACAGAGAUUACUUACAGCUUAUGAUUAACGCACAAAACAAGAAACAGGAUAUCGAUGAACCAGAAGUCGAUGACUUGAAUGAAGAGAUUUUUGGAAAAGUCGAUUCAGCGGACGCUUUGAAAUAUAAUAAACAAAAGACAGAGAUAACAGACACCGAUAUAUUGGCCACAAGUUUUGUAUUCUUUGUGGCCGGAUAUGAGACGACUGCCUCUCUCUUAACGUUUAUGUCCUACAGAUUAGCUUUGGAUCAAAAGUGUCAGCAAAAGCUAUACGAAGAAGUGAGUCGUUUUGACGGGAAGUAUGAUUACGAGAGUAUCUCCAAAAUGCCAUAUUUGGAGGCAUGUGUUGCCGAAACCCUGAGAAUCUAUAAUCCCGUUUCAGCCGUCGGUAGAAUUGCUAACGAAGACUAUACGAUUGGACUGAAGAUCCCGAAGGGAAUGCUCGUUAACUUUGACAUUCAAAGCCUUCAUCACAGCCCUAAGUAUUACCCAAACCCUGAUCGUUGGGAUCCGGAGAGGUUUAUGCCCGAGAAUACGGACCAAUUGGUUCCAUACACUUAUAUGCCGUUCGGGACGGGACCCCGAAAUUGUGUGGGAAUGAGGUUUGCCUUAAUGGAGGCCAAGACAGCGAUAGCCCAUUUGAUUAAUAAAUUCAAAUUCGUGAGAACACCCAAUACUACAGUUCCUCUUAAAUUUAAGAAAAUGGAGUUUCUUUUAACAACAGGAGAUGUUAACGUAGGCAUCGAAUUAAGACAAUAA